AUGGCGCCCAAGGCCUCCCCUAGCUCGCCUCGUCGGAGCCCUUCCAGCGGCUGCUCCAGGCGUCGCCCUCGUCUCUCCUCAUCCUCCAGCCGCCUCCCCUCCCGGCUCCCGUGCGUGUCCAGCACCAAAGGAGAGGAGCUCCUCGAGCCUCGACCCAGCGGCAGGUGCCCGAGCGCCUCCUCACCUCAUUCGUCGCCGCUGCCUGCCUCGCCUCCUGCCGAGCGCCUCCUCACCUCGUUCGUCGCCAGGCCUGCCUCCUCUGCCUCGCGCUCGUUCGCCGCCGCCGACUCCCUGCCGCUGCCAUCUGCUUCCCCUGCAACGAGCAGAGCCACUGCCGCCCCAACCCGGCGCGCCUCCGCCCCUUCUCCGGCCAAGUCCGGCGCCCCAUGGCCGGAUCCGUCGUCGCGUGCUCGUCGGUGGCCGCCCCUGCUCCUCUCGCCCCGACUCCCCUGCGUCCUCUGCAUCGCGUCGCCGACCUCCUCUCCAGCAAGGAGCCACCUCCACCGCCCUUGCCCGUUCUGGCCGGAUCCCGCCGCCUGGGCCCCGUCCCCGACCACCGGUGCCCUCGCUGGAGACCAUCUGCGCCGCCCGUCAAGUCUAGCGCCUCUGCUUCGCUCGCCUGAGCCAGCGCCUCGUCCCGCCUGCUGCUGCUUCUGUUCUUCAGAAGCGAACAGCUCGCCCGCUCACCCCCGUUGA